CGGAGCGCCACCGGCGCGCAGGCGCAGGGUGCGGGGUGGGGCUUGACCUGCAGGGUUCGUGGCGGGAGAUUCCCUGGCAGCCAACGCGGUUUGCCGUCUGGGGAUCCCAUGGCUGUCCUUACUGCGCUCUGGGGCCCCCUUGCCCACGCCAGCAGAGCAAUCGGCCACCACUGCUUCAGCACCUCUGGGAGCCUCGGUGCCAUCCAGAAGAUGACUCGGGUGCGUGUAGUGGACAACAGUGCCCUGGGAAACACCCCAUACCAUCGGCCGCCUCGAUGCAUCCACAUCUAUAACAAGAGUGGGGUGGGCAAGGUAGGCGAUCAGAUUUUACUGGCCAUCAGGGGGCAGAAGAAGAGAGCACUCAUUGUGGGGCAUCGCAUGCCUGGCUCCCGGAUGACUCCAAGGUUCGACUCCAACAACGUGGUCCUCAUCGAGGACAAUGGGAACCCUGUGGGGACUCGAAUUAAAACACCUAUCCCAUCCAGCCUUCGCAAGAGGGAAGGCGAGUAUUCCAAGGUGUUGGCCAUAGCUCAGAACUUUGUGUGAGCAGAGUGGCUCUGAGCCACGCAGGCGUCCCUUCACACUGGUGACAUGUCCUGGAACAGAAUAAAUGUUUUAAUGUGUGUUUUCUUCCUA